AGAAAAGAAAAGAAAGUUCAAGAGUUUGAUUUAUGUCAUAUGGGCUAUCUUAUAAAUCAAUGGGUUGCUAGAAUUAGCUUUUACAAGGCUCUGAAUAACUUAGUUCUAGGUGGGUUUUCGUUUUUUCCGGUGGAAAUGUGAUAAACUCAGAUCCGGAUCCAGCAAUCCAGUGCCUCGACCUGCCUCAGGUAGGUGUGGGCUGCCUGAGACUUUCUUAGGUAGCAGCAAAAUUGUUGGGAUCUUUAUUGAUAAACUCAUGCAUGGGACUCAAGAGCUGUCUAUUUUAUUCGUUUUCCUCGGUUUUCUAGGCAACCAAACGGUGUGGUUACUUGCUGAAGAAGAUAUGAGGUUAAAGAAUGCUGAGUCUGGAAGGUUUCCAAAUUUUGGAGCCAUCUUUAUGUCGAAUCAGAGUACAAUGGAAGAGUGUUUUGAGAGAAAAUUACUUGGCCUACCAGCUUCUCAAACUGAUUUUGUUAGAGGAGUUGAGGUUGGAAUGAUUUUGUUUCUUUUUGAAUAUGAGAAGCGAAAACUCUUUGGGGUUUUUGAGGCCACUUCAGAUGGUGAGAUAAAUAUUGUUCCCCAUGCAUACAGUUCAUCCGGGAGGCAAUUUCCUGCACAGGUUCGAUUUACCACAAUCUGGCAUUGUCUUCCUCUUUCAGAACAUGAGUUUCGUCAUGCUAUUCUCAGAAAUUACUAUGACAAGUACAAAUUCAAUUUUGGUCUAUCUAAAAAUCAGGUUGAGAGCCUUCUCAUGUUAUUUGUUUCAAAAAAAGUUGGAGUCCCAAAAUCUCCAACUUUCAUAAACAGUGCUAGAAAAAGGCAUUGCAAGCAUUCUAGUGAAGAAACAGAAUUGAAAGUUAUAAACCCUAACCGUGUUUCUGGCAAUCAACCUGUUACAUCUAGAGAGGAGCCAGAAGUGUUGAAUAUCUCUUCCAGAAGUUUUAGUAUUGACCUUGGAGAUUUCAUACCAUUGGCUUCGCCUGAUGAUUCUGAACUUGCUGAUGCAGAAGCUCCUUUCUCACAGGUUGGGUAUUUUGAGAACAAUCAAACAGAAUCGGCUACUUUUGAGUGUUGCGAAGACUUUUGCUUCCCUAAACCUUGUGUACCUGUCAUGCCUACCUUGAGUGAUGAAACAUUUAGAGUGGAGAAUCUUUAUCACCCAUUUGCUGCGUCAAGUUCAUAUGGGGAUGCCUGCUAUGGAAUAGCCCAGUCUUCCUCUGCUGCUGGUUCAUUGUUUAAUUUGGGUGAUUGCCACUUGAAGGACAGUGCUAACCAUUUAAGAGUACAAAGUUCAGGCUGCCAAGAACAGAGUGGUUUGUAUUAUGGUGAUAAAAUUCCAAGCAGCAAGGGUCUGUAUUCUGAUACUCUGGACAAGAGAACUAGUGUGUUUUCUCGUUUAGAUUGGGCCUCAAAAGAUUUUGUACAAGAGAAAGGGGAUGAUACCCGAGUGGAUAAGUCAGUGGAUGAAAUCAUGGAAGAGUUGCUGCAGAAGUCAGACAAGUGGAGAAAGAUGGUGAAACAAGAUGAAUCUGUUGAACAUGAAAAUGAAUAUUGUAAUAAAAAGAAGAGAAUUAGCGUGUUUUCUCGCUUGACAAAGGAUUCAAAAGACUCGAAAAGUUGUUGGACAAGAUAAUUCCAACACAAGAAGAACGCAGUGGGGACUGGGGAGUGGAAGAAGAGGAUGAAAAAGAAUAUGUUAAAUUCACUGAUCGAGAAUUCAAGGCAAUGGCAGAGUGUCAGGCUUGGCAGCUUGAAAAGAUGCUGUUGGGAAAAAAAAAAACAAAGAAAAAAGGAUGGUAGCGUCAGGCUUGGUAGCUGCUAGUUAUCUGUAAUUGAAAAAUGUUUCUAGCACAUAUUUUGUACAAAAAGUCUUACGUAGCACUUUAUUUAAAAAAAAUAAAAUUAAAACAGCGUGUCACGUAAAA